CUGCCGAGCCGCUCCAUCGGCGCCAACUCCGGGUUAAGUCUGUUGGAGAGCUUAGUCUGCAUGACUGCCGAUCCCAUAUCGUUGUGCUUUUGGAUUUGUUUGCAGCCCGACCGCUAUGUCCCCGGCUCCCCCAUCUUCCGCGACACCAGCAGCCCAACGCCCCACCCCGCCCUCGCGGGGCCUAUAACAUCACCGCCCACCUCAGCCUCCUCCGCCUCCGCUUCCGCCUCCGCCUCCUCCUCGCCGUCCCCCUCCGCCACCGUCGCCAGCAGCACCGCCAGCAACAGCACCACCGCACCAGGAGCACCAACAGGAUCAGCAACGUCCAGGAGCCGAGGAGUCAGAGCCAUGACGGCAUCCCUAGCUCAUGCCGCACAGGGUAACCACAACAACAAUAGCAACAGCAGCAGCAACAACAACAGCAGGAGCAACUCCAACUCCAACUCCAUAUCCGGAAAGUCCAAGCCACCGGCUGGUUACAUGAGCACCCGAUCGGCGGCAAUGAUGGCCUUGGCUUUGGGUCAAACCUCGGGCGGCAGGAGCGACAAAUCACCAACCGCACCCCGAGCCGCCUCACCCGCCCAAUCUCAAUCCCAAUCGCAGUCACCGCAUCCCGGUGCCAGAAGGAUAUCGAAUGCCUCUUCUCUGCCCAACAACGUGACCAGGUCGAAGCCAUCUACGCCCACGGCGACCAGGGCGGCCGCCCAGCUAAACGGUUCCGGUCUCUUCUCCGGCGGCAGCAACUCCAGUGGCUCCGACAACGAUGGAUUCAGUGCGUCCGGCUCUUCGGCGGCCACAGCUCUCCGGCGGCUGUACUUCAAGAGCGGGCGGAGCAUCAAGAACAAGAUCAAUGCCUCGACCACGUCGGCGACUCCUCUGAACGGACUUCCCUUGAAUCCCGUGUCCAGUGCCUAUCACAACUCCGUUGGCGGACCCAUGCACAAUAUGACAACUGCAGGUGGAGUGCCUAAGCUGGUGGUAAUGGGCACCUCAUCGGCCUCUAUUCCGGAUACCACCAUCAACACGUCCACGGACUCGGCCUGCACCCUCAUCACGAACGUAACCCACACGGACACCUCUGAGACGUGCGACUCCCUGGACUUGGGUGACAACUCGGGACCCAGCGAGCCGCUAUUCAGUUCGCUGGAGGAGCCGCUCCUCACCGCCGUCCACAUCGAUUCGGAGCACGAGGGAUUCGGAGGAGUGGGUGGCAUGGGCGGCCACAUGGGCGGUGUGGGAGGUGCCAAUGGACGCGGUGCCACUGAGCUGGAACUAACGAGCUGUUCGAGGUACCCGCCCAGGCCCGACAUGAAUCUCCAGGACAGCGUCGAGAGCCAGGAGUCCUGUUUGUCCAUCCUGACCGGCGAGCCUUCUUCCACCACCCCACUCCUCUCCUCGCAGCGGCGCCACCCGACGGGCGGUCACUCGCCGGGCAGCCAGCGGGAGGAGCGGCGGGGGCGGGAGCGGGAGCCCAGCACGGCUCCACCGCCCACUCGAGGGCGGGAGCACUUCACCUUCGACCCCCCGCAGUCACCCAAGUCAGCGCGCAGCAGCGAAAAGUCCGCCAGCCACUUUACCUUCAAGAGCUAUGGUAAUGAGUCGGGAAAGGACAUGUCAGCAGGAUCUGUAACUGGAGGAGGAGGAGGAGGAGGAGGAGGACCUGGACCGGGGGCUGCAGGCAAUGGGGGCGUGGCCGCCAGCGAGGGCGAUGAGGAGGAUGACGAGCGCAGCGGCGAGAGCGUUGGCAAUCGCAGCAAGAAGCUGCGACCCCGGGAGCGUGACCCCAACCACAUCUCGCCCAGCGUGUCGCCGUCUCACAGUCGACGGGCAAGUCCUAAGCGGGAGAAGCGGCGAACCACGCCCAUCGCCUCCACGGGGGCCAUAGCCAAGGUCAGCUCGGCACCGCCCACAAUGAAGGAGGCGAAUUUCUUUGGCAGCUCCGGGAAGCAAAAGCCAUCCAGACAAUCCCAGAACAUUCCGCCCCACCAGCUAUCCCCAUCCGCCCAGCAGCGGAAGUACUCCUCCAGCUCCUCGAGCGGAAGCAGUGAGAGAUGCCUAAGGGAGGCCACUGGGCCCGGCACCAUGUUCCCCUUCGAUCGCGAGGCCCUCGACUACGAGCGCAUCCAGCGGGAGUGCUUCGCUCCCAGCUCCACGACGGCCAGCAACAGCAGCGAUUCGGAGGCGGAGAACUGUUCCGUGUACGAGAGGAAGUCCGGAGCAGACAUCUUCCAGCAGUACUCGCGCUUGAGCCACCAGGAGCAACUGCAGCAGCACUACCAGGAGCGGGAUCGUCCCCCCUCGCGCAAGAACUCCAAGCGCAUACGGCCGGACUCGGUGAUCCACACGACCAUCCGGGAGAACCAGCAGUACGUGCCCCAGGUGUUCUACGAUUUGAAACAGGUGCCCCAGUCGGAUGCCUUCUAUCCCCAGGCCAAGUCCUCCUCCUCGCCCAGCGAUCACUCCUAUGCCGAGCUGAACAAGUUCGAGGACAUUGCCAGCAAGUUUGAGCAGAUCCCGCCCAAGCACGGCUCCAUAUCCGGAUCGGGUUCGGGAUCGGGGUCCCUGUUGAAUCUGCAUCACAUGAUGCCCAGUCCGUGCAGCGAGUCCGCCGUCAGUCCCACGGACUCCGCUCGCCGAAGAUCCUUCAAGAGCAAGCAGCGGCACCAGAAGGAGGAGCACUUCUACAUCCAGACGGAGGAUCGCAGCGGGCCAGGAGGCGGCAGCGGGAACGGACCCAUCAACGUGACCGCCAAUCCCCUGGAGGCGGCCGCCGUCUGCAAGCAGCCACGCGCCACAAUCGUCGUCCAGCAGCCCUCGUUAAGUCUGGACAAUACGGUGGAGACGCUGCUAAUCAAGAACGAGGGGGACUUUAUCAGCGUGGAGCAGGGCAAGGAGCUGGUGGCCCGAAAGCGCAACUCGCAGCAGUUGGCCCACCCGCCGACCCACUUGCACCACCACCCCCAGAGCCACGCCCACAACCAUCACAAUCACAAUCACAACAACCAGCAGCAGCAGCAGCAGCAGCAACAACAACAGCAGCAACAACAACACAAGCGGGACGAGAACAUGCGGCAACUGCUGGAUGUGACCAACACUCUGACCAUCGAGGAGCUGCGCGAUUUCGAGAUGCGGUAUGGCUCACCCCAUCACAGCCGCUCGCAAUCGGUUAAGAUGCCCGGCAGCCGGGCAUCCGGAAGGCCAAAUCAAUUGUGCCUGCCCCAGCAGAGGUCCAGAGUGGCCUCCAUGCCGAACACUGGAGUGGAGGAGGAGUACUACCGGCUGCGUCACUUCUCGAUCACCGGCAAGGGCGUGGUUAAUCGCGGCGACUCCCUGAAGAGCCGGCGCAGUCGCUCCAACAACAGCGUGGCCAGCUCGAACUCCAGCACCGAGCACCUGACCGCCCAGCAGCAGCUGUCCGCCCCCGCAUCCGUAUCCGCCAGGACAUCACUGGCCUCCAGCCGGGAGAGCAGCACCUCCAAUCCGGGCAACGGCCCCUACAGGGUCCUGAUGCUGGGAGGUCCUGCGGUGGGCAAGAGUUCGCUCGUCUCACAGUUCAUGACAUCGGAGUACCUGCACGCCUACGACACAAGCAUCGAUCUAGGCAACUGUGAUAUACGCAUUCUAAUUGAAAAAGCCGCCGACGAUGAUGAGUCCGGCGAGAAGGCCGUUUCAGUAUUACUCAGUGGCGAAGAGUCCGAGCUGAUAUUCAUCGACCAUGGAUACACCGAAAUGACCCCGGAUGAGUGCCUGACCAACUACGAUCCGCACGGCUACUGCGUCAUCUACUCGGCGGCGGACAGGAGCAGCUUCAGCGUGGCGGAGCAGGUGCUGCAGGUGCUCUGGACCAAUCAGAACAUCGCCCAGAAGGCGGUCAUCCUCGUGUCCAACAAGGCCGACCUGGCCAGGAGUCGCCUGGUCACCUCCGAAGAGGGCAAGGCCAUGGCGACCGCCUACGAUUGUAAAUUCAUCGAGACCUCGGUGGGCAUUAAUCACAAUGUGGACGAGCUGCUGGUGGGUCUGUUGUCACAGAUACGCCUCAAGCUGGAGAAUCCCGAGAAGUCCAGGGAUCUGUUCCGGAAGCGUUCCAUUAGGAAGUCAAAGCGACGCGCCUGCUCGCCGCUAAAUGCCGGCUGCCUGAAUGCCAAUACCCCGCUGGGUCCGCUGGGUGAGGCGGUGGCCACGCCCCCUGGCAGUGCCCAAAGCAGUCCCCGCAAAUAUCGUGGUUCCAGAACCUCCACCAGCCUGAAAGUCAAGGGUCUUUUGGGCCGCGUCUGGACUCGGGACUCGAAGUCCAAGAGCUGCGAAAAUCUGCACGUACUCUAAGCUCAAAAAUAAUCCAAAAUGUAUCCCAAAAAGUUUCCUAUAGACUAUGCAAGAUCCUAAGCAUAACUAUCUCUUAAGUUACCAAGAACAGACUCGACAACUAUCGGGGGUAUUAUUCCCAACUGUAUAUAUUGUGUAUAAUUUUAGCUUUACUUUACGCUAGUCAUUUACCCCAUUAAUCAUUGUAUAUAGUUUGUCUAAAUAUAAAUCUAUUAUUUGUAA